CUCGUCCGUGUUAACCCGUAAAAGAUAUUUUAAGGAGGACAUGCAGUUCAGUUAGGAAUAAGAAGAUGGAAAGGAAAAAUUUUCCUUGUUUCGGUAUUCUGGUGCCUCAACCACCCAGCAAACCUCCACAGCCCAAACCCACAACUCUGAAGCACAAUUUCCCUGUCAGACAACACCCUGUGAAAGAUCAGAGGGGCCUCUACUCAGAUGUCAUCAGUGCACUCAGUUUUCAGCAGUCUCAUACAGUGGGAUCUAAAAUCCGGGAGAACACACAGGAUAAAUCCAUUCUUAAAUUCAAGGAUCACAAAACAACAUUAUAUGCAUCCAAGGUCCAGCUGCCAUACCAAACUGUUCCUGGGCAAAUCCCACGCAAGCUACAGAUUGAAAGAUGCCGAAGGGAGUAUCUGAAGUGUGACAUAGAACAGCUGCUGCUAGAAAAAGGCAUAGACUCUCAUCACCUGAUAGCAGGUAGCAAUGAUCCUGUCACUAAAGCAGACAAAACUGGGUCACCCUACCUCCCCCUAGAGAUAUUUGACAGUGAGGACUGUGACUGCCAUACUUCAGAUGGAUGGCUGGCCCUGUGCAAUGCUGAUGAAAAACCCUUUCAUGGAAAGGCCUUGCUGCCUACAGAAAACUAUGUUCCUUCUGGGAACCAUAAAAGCUCCUCACCUGAGUACAGCUGGCAUUUUGUUUCGGUUCUUGACUUCAGUAAGGAGAAAUGCCAGUAUCUUGUUCAGAAGGUUGACCAAAACGCUCACUGGGCAGGGAUAAACAACAAUGAGGCAGGCACUGAGUACUGGAUACCCAGGAUCAGGUUGUUGUUCAUGGCUGAGGACCCACAUAUGUUUGUUGAACGGAUCCAGUUUGCACUGCAUUUGAGGGAUAACACUGAAGCUCUAAUUCUCUACCACUUGUCUGUGGACUGCAUGCCCAUCUGGAGUGGAACAGCAUCUCUCGACACUGACAGUAUAGAGUGUAUCAAAAGGAGGACCCUUUCAACACCAAGGCUCAGGCUAAAAAAUCUGGAAAAGUGUCUUGGAAAUUUGGAGAAGGAAGUCAAACUGGAAUAUGACCGUACAAUGAACCGUGUGAUCUUUGACAAAGUAGUUAAGAGCCAACCAGAGGAUUUCUCACACAUCACCCUGCCUCAGAGGGAUCCUGAGUAUGUACCACAGAAAGUUCCUUACUAUGACUAUAAGAAGAACCAAGCUGCUUUUGUCUUCAGUUACAUGCUAAGAGUGCCAGAGGUGAUCUGUGUGCUGUCUGUAGUGUUGGUGGAGUGCAACAAAGUAGCAACUAUGAAACUGUUUAAUGUCACCUCCAUGAAACCCCUGCAUCUCGACGAGUUUGAAGCCAUGCAGUUUCAAGUACAGACUCAGAUGAACUUGUUUCUAAAAGACACGUGGAUAACCACACUGAGUAACAGCAUCAGAUCCAAGCUUGGCAGGCUGGGCCGGGGCUCAUACAAUGUCAAUGAGUCCUCUUGGGAGAUGUACAAGUUUUCCAGGCUGUCCAGACUGAUGGCUGUGGUGCGCUUCAAAAUGCAGGACUCCUUGCGCUUCCUCAUCCAGGAUUCACUGGCCAGCCUAAGCCAGCUGCUUUUGGAUGCCUGCUUCAGUGUGCUGACAUGUCCUCAGGACCUGGUCUGGGGAAACAACCUUAACCACAGCCCAUACAAGCCAAAGAAGAACCCUCUGUUCCUGGUGGACUUGGUGCUGGAUCAGACUGGGGUUCACUACAGCACACCUCUGGAGAAUUUUGAGACAUCCAUCAUUAACCUGUUUGAUAAGGGUAUUUCGGCGACACAUGAUGUACCAGGGGUUGAAAAGCAUGUGAUGACAAAUUUGUUAUUCGGUGAUGAUCUGCUGCUCGAGUCAGUGGGUUUGUGGGAACCAGAAGUGACUGAAAUGAGAGAGAAGAUCCGCAGUGCUCUGAUAAAAGCAGUCAUACCUCUCAGGGCUUAUGCUGCUGAAUACGAGAAACAUUUGGAGCUGCACAACUUGGACAUAGAAACUUAUCUCAAGUCCAAUAUGAGUGCAGAGCUGACAUCUCAAAUGGUGAGGAAAGAGGCCGAACUACACCUUAAAGACAAGGAAAUGAUUGAACUCUCCCUGCCAGCCUCAAUUAUCAUUGGUCCAUUUACAGUCCGUGUUGAGGCUGUCCGUCAAGCUCUCUCUAACAAAAAAAAGUCAUUGGCCAAAACAUUGUUGGAACAUUUUGUUAAGAAGUUACGUAAACAGGUUGAUGAUGCUUGUGAAGAGUGUAACAUAAUUAGUAGAAAACUGCGUGAAAAGCCCAACAGCAUUGAGGAACUUACUGAAAAGAGGGAGUGGAUGAAACAAAUCCCUGGCCUGCUUAAGAAUUACAAGGAGCUUAUUGGAAAGGUCCUGACAGACUAUGAUGUAUUCGAAGAAUUUUUCUAUAGUCUGCCUGAUGACGAUUUUAACAAAAAAUGGACAGCUUUUGCAUGGCCACAGAGGAUAGUAAACCAGGUGGAAGCAACAGUAGUUCAAAAUGCAGAGGAUGAGGAGCGCUUCCAUAAAAUUCAGCUGGCUGAUCAAAACAACUUUUUGGAGCAUCUGGCCUCCCUAGAGAUGCUAGUUGCUGGGUUUGCAAGCCACUGUGCCAUUGACCAUGCCCAUGAGGUGGCCAACGAGAUGAGGCGUACAAGCAAGCAGCUUAAGGAGUGCCAGACAUUAGCUCAAACCUACAACAACAGGGAACGUUUGUUUGGUAUUCUAGUUACUAAUUAUGAUCGUCUGCAUAAGCUUGUAAAGGACUUCCAGCCUUUCAAAGAUCUGUGGACCACUACCUCUGAUUGGCUACGUUGGCAUGAGAGCUGGCACAGUGACCCGCUGUCCACCAUCGACCCCGAGCAGCUUGAGCACCAUGUUACAGAAGCCCACAAAACCAUGCACAAAUGCAUCAAACAGUUCAAGGACAUUCCUGACUGCCAGAUGGUAGCAACUGUCAUCCGUGACAAGAUUGAGGACUUCCGUCCUUACAUUCCUCUGAUUCAAGGCCUAAGGAGCCCAGGGAUGAAACAUCACCACUGGAAGAUGCUUUCAGAGCGAACUCAGAUAAAAGUCAAGCCCAAAGCCAACCUGACCUUCUCUCACUGCCUGGAUCUCGGUCUACAGAACUAUGUGGAUGACAUAGUUCAUGUUGGUGAGGUGGCAAGAAAAGAGUACACCAUUGAACAGGCUCUGGAAAAGAUGGAGCAAGACUGGUCAACUAUACUCUUUGAUGUGUUACCCUACAAGGAGUCAGGCACCUACAUCUUAAAAAGCCCUGAUGAAGCUUCCCAGUUGCUGGAUGACCACAUAGUCAUGACCCAGAGCAUGUCCUUCUCUCCUUUUAAAAAGGCCUUUGAAGGAAAAAUCAACACCUGGGAGAGCAAGCUCAGAAUGACUCAAGACGUGCUUGAGGAGUGGCUGACAUGCCAGCGGUCCUGGCUCUACUUGGAGCCAAUUUUCAGCUCUGAUGAUAUUAACCAACAGCUGCCUGUGGAAGGAAAAAAAUACCAAAAAAUGGAACAAAACUGGAGAAGAAUAAUGAAAAGUGCCUUUGAUAAUCCAAAGGUGAUUGAGCUGUGUCCAGAUCCUGGCCUACUAAUCAAACUGAAGGAGUGCAACAGCAAGUUGGAACAGGUGCAAAAGGGUCUCAGUGAAUACCUGGAGACAAAACGAGGAUCCUUUCCUAGGUUUUACUUCUUGUCGGAUGACGAGCUCCUUGAGAUUCUGUCCCAAACCAAAGAUCCGACUGCUGUGCAGCCACACUUACGCAAAUGCUUUGAGAACAUUGCACGGCUUCAGUUCCAGUCAGAUCUGCAGAUCACUCAUAUGUACUCCGGAGAGGGGGAGGAGGUAAAGCUGUUUCUGCCAGUUUGGCCUACUGGAAAUGUGGAGAACUGGCUCAUGGAUGUUGAGAGGUCCAUGAAGGCCACACUAAGAGAUAAUAUUGAACGCUCGCUUAAAGCCUACUCAGAGCACCCUCGUACAGAGUGGGUGUUAUCAUGGCCUGGCCAAGUAGUCAUAGCUGGCUGUCAGGUCUUCUGGACUGCUGAGGUAUCUGAAGCCUUGGAGCUGGGAGAUUUGGCCAACCGUCUUUAUCCCCAACUCCAAACACAGCUGGGGGAUCUGGUGCAGCUGGUAAGAGGAGGUCUGUCAAAGAUGCAGCGAGCUGUGCUCUCUGCCCUGAUCGUCAUAGAGGUGCAUGCUAAGGAUGUUGCAGCCAAACUGGUGGAGCAGGAUGUGUCAAGCAUCAAUGACUUUGAGUGGAUAAGCCAGCUUAGAUAUUACUGGGCGAAAGAUGACCUGUAUAUCCGUGCAGUAAAUGCAGAGUUUUUGUAUGGAUAUGAGUACCUUGGUAACUCUGGACGUCUGGUUAUCACUCCCCUCACUGACAGAUGCUACUUGACCCUAACAGGAGCUCUGCACCUGAAGUUUGGAGGGGCUCCUGCAGGGCCAGCAGGUACAGGAAAGACAGAAACCACUAAAGACCUGGGAAAGGCUCUGGCUAUUCAGACAGUUGUAUUUAACUGCUCUGAUCAGCUGGAUUUCAUUGCAAUGGGCAAGUUUCUCAAAGGACUGGCCAGCUCAGGAGCUUGGGCCUGCUUUGAUGAGUUUAAUCGUAUUGAUGUGGAAGUGCUGUCUGUUGUGGCACAGCAGAUCACCACCAUACAGCAGGCUCAGCAGCAAAGGGCAGAGCGUUUUGUGUUCGAAGGAUCAGAAAUCCCUCUUGUCCCUUCCUGUGCUGUGUUUAUCACUAUGAAUCCAGGAUAUGCUGGUCGCACUGAACUUCCUGACAAUCUCAAGGCCCUGUUUCGUCCAGUGGCCAUGAUGGUCCCUAACUAUGCAAUGAUUGCUGAGAUAUCUUUGUACUCAUUUGGCUUCAGUGAUGCAAAAGUCCUCUCCAAGAAGAUCACUACCACAUUCAAGCUCUCCUCAGAACAGCUUAGUUCUCAGGAUCAUUAUGAUUUUGGUAUGAGAGCUGUGAAGACUGUGAUAUCAGCUGCUGGCAAUCUGAAGAGAGAAAAUCCUGACAUGAAUGAGGAGUUGAUCUGUCUGCGGGCCAUUCAAGAUGUCAAUGUGCCCAAGUUUUUACAGGACGACCUGAAGCUCUUCAGUGGUAUUGUUUCCGAUCUUUUCCCAAAAACAAAGCAGGAACCAAUCAACUAUGGCACACUAGAAGAAUCCAUGCGUAAUGUCUGCACUAAAAAGAACCUCAAAGAUGUGGAUGGAUAUAUCAGUAAAUGUAUUCAGCUGUAUGAGACCACCGUGGUGAGGCAUGGUUUGAUGUUGGUGGGGCCCUCUGGAUCAGGGAAAACUAAGUGUUAUGAGAUACUAGGGGCUGCAAUAACAGCCUUGAAGGGGCAGCCCUCUUUGAGUGGAGGUGUCUAUGAGGCAGUUCAGACGUAUGUUCUCAAUCCAAAGUCUAUCACUAUGGGACAGCUCUAUGGAGAAUAUGACUUACUCACACAUGAGUGGACAGAUGGUAUCCUCUCAUCUCUCAUCCGUGGAGGUGCAGCAUCCAUGGACAAAGAGAAAAAGUGGUACAUGUUUGAUGGGCCAGUGGAUGCUGUGUGGAUUGAGAACAUGAACACUGUGCUGGAUGACAACAAAAAACUGUGCCUCAGCUCAGGAGAGAUUAUUAAACUCACAAAUGUGAUGACCAUGAUGUUUGAAGUACAAGACUUGGCAGUGGCAUCUCCAGCCACAGUGUCUCGCUGUGGUAUGGUCUACCUGGAGCCCAGUAUUUUAGGCCUUGUCCCUUUCACAGAGUGCUGGCUGAAGCAGAUUCCUGAGGCCCUGAAACCGUACACAGAGCAGCUUAACUCUCUGUUUGCCAGGUUCCUGCAGGACUCCAUCACAUUUAUACGCACAUCAGUAACGGAGGUCAUUACUUCUCUGGACAGCAACCUCACCUGUAGUCUUCUCAAUCUUAUGGACUGCUUCUUUAGUCCCUUCAACGUUAAAGAGGGAGACAAGCCCCCUCCCAAAAAGAAAAUGGACCGUCUGAAGGAGCUGAUUGAGCCCUGGUUCUUCUUCUCUCUGGUGUGGAGUGUAGGAGCUACAGGAGAUGCAGCCAGCUGUAAACGCUUCAGUGCCUGGCUCAAGAACAAAAUGGCAGAAGACAAGAUUCAGUUAUGUUUUCCAGAGAAAGACUUGGUGUAUGACUACAGGCUUGAUGAUGCAGGGAUUAGUCAUUUUGAGGAUGAUGAUGAAGAUGUGGAACAUAAAGUCCAGUGGGUAAGCUGGAUGCAAUCUGCAAAGAGUGUUGUAAUCACCCCUGAGACAAAUUAUGCUGACAUCAUUGUUCCCACUGCUGACACAGUGAGAAUGUCUUUCCUUAUGGAUAUGCUUUUGGCAAAUAAGAAACCUGUGCUCUGCAUUGGGCCCACAGGCACAGGAAAAACCCUGACCAUGUCUGACAAGCUGCUAAGGAAUAUGCCUGAAGAGUACAUCACACACUUCCUCAUGUUCUCUGCCCGUACCUCGGCAAACCAGACUCAGGAUUAUAUUGACAGUAAACUAGACAAAAGGCGGAAAGGUGUGUUUGGACCUCCAUUAGGAAAGUAUUUCAUCUUCUUCAUCGAUGACCUAAACAUGCCAAUGUUGGAGACCUAUGGUGCUCAACCUCCUAUUGAACUUCUUAGGCAGUGGAUGGACCACAGAGGCUGGUAUGACAGGAAACAGAUAGGAACUUUCAGGUGCAUAGUGGACAUCAAUUUUGCCUGUGCAAUGGGACCCCCAGGGGGAGGUAGGAACCCCAUAACUCAGCGCUUCACACGCCACUUCAACUUUCUCUCCUUCACUGAAAUGGAAGAUGCCAGCAAGAAAAGGAUUUUCUCCACCAUUUUGGGUAGUUGGAUGGGACCGGUGCCAGAAAUCCAGCCACUGAAUGAGUCCCUUGUAGAUGCUACGAUCAGAGUCUACUCUACAAUUACAUCCCAGCUCCUCCCAACACCAGCCAAGUCCCAUUACACCUUCAAUCUUAGAGACCUGUCCAAAGUCUUCCAGGGCAUUCUGAUGGCUGAGGCUGGAAUGAUUGAGGACAGACUUCAGCUGCUACAGCUGUGGUACCACGAAAGCUGCCGUGUAUUCCAGGACCGCCUGGUGUGUGCUGAGGACAGGGACUGGUUCAACAGACUUCUAAAGGACUGCAUUCAGGAGUUUGACUGCAGCUUUGAUGAGGUUGUGCCAUGCCAGCCUGUUUUAUAUGGAGACUUCAUGAUUCCUGGGGUUGACCCCAAAGUAUACACACACAUAGAGGACAAGGAAAAGUUGGUGAGAGUGAUGGAGGAAUACAUGGAUGACUACAACCAGACCAGUACCACCAAGAUGAAGCUGGUGCUUUUUAUGGAUGCCAUAGAGCACGUGUGUCGUAUCAGCCGCAUCCUACGGCAGCCCCUGGGCAACGCCCUGCUGCUUGGAGUGGGUGGGAGCGGGCGCCAGUCCCUCACUAAGCUUGCCUCAUAUAUGUCAGAAUAUGUGUGUUUCCAGAUUGAGUUGUCCAAAAACUACGGCCAGACAGAGUGGAGAGAAGAUAUUAAAGGUAUCAUGCUUAAGGCAGGCCUUCAGAACCAACAGAUCACCUUCCUCUUUGUUGACACACAGAUUAAGAGUGAGUCCUUCCUGGAGGAUAUCAACAACAUUUUGAACUCUGGAGAUGUUCCCAACCUGUAUGCCUCAGACGAGCAGGAGCGUAUCUUAAUGGCCAUGAAACCAGUGGUGCAAGACCUGGACCAGCAGCCAACUAAAGCCAACCUCAUGGCUGCCUACAUCAGAAGGGUCCGCAGCAACAUCCACACUGUACUCUGCAUGAGUCCUAUUGGUGAGGUGUUUCGUGCCCGGUUGAGGCAGUUUCCCUCACUAGUGACAUGUUGUACUAUAGACUGGUUCAGUGCCUGGCCAGUGGAGGCUCUGCAGGCUGUCGCCACGUCAUUUCUUAAUGAGCUGCCUGAGCUUGAAGCAAGCCCCACAGCAACAAGAGGACUGACAUUGAUGUGUGUGAAGAUCCACCAGACAGUAGCCAGGAAGUGUGAACAGUACCUGGCUGAGCUUUCACGACACAACUAUGUAACACCUAAGAGCUACUUGGAACUCCUUAAAAUCUUCUCGGAUCUCAUUGGACGCAAGAAGCAAGAAUUAUGCAGUGCUCGUCAGCGCAUGAAAACUGGUCUGGACAAGCUCCUUAGCACAGCAGAGGAUGUCAGUACUAUGCAGGAGAAGCUGGAGACGAUGAGACCUCUUUUGGAAGAGGCUGCCAAGGACACUGAAGUCACUAUGGAGACCAUCCAAAGAGACACAGUGGUUGCAGAGGAGACCCGUAAAUCAGUACAAGCUGAGGAAGACAAAGCUUCGGAAAAAGCCAGUUUUGCUGGAGCCAUUGCAGCAGACGCCCAGAGAGACUUGGAUGAGGCUUUGCCUGCCCUGGAUGCUGCUCUCACCAGUCUCAAAUCACUUAACAAAAAUGAUGUCACUGAGGUACGAGCAAUGCAGCGACCUCCACGUGGAGUGAAGCUGGUUAUUGAGGCAGUAUGCAUUAUGAAGGGCAUCAAACCCAAAAAGGUUCCUGGAGAGAAGCCUGGCACCAAGAUUGAUGACUACUGGGAACCUGGUAAGAGUUUGCUACAAGACCCUGCCAAGUUUCUGGAGAGCCUCUUCAAGUAUGAUAAGGAUAAUAUCCCUGAUAGUAUGAUAAGUUUAGUCCAGCCUUACAUCGAUAAUGAGGAGUUUCAGCCAAACUCCAUUUCAAAGGUUUCAAAAGCCUGUACCUCCAUUUGCCAGUGGGUGCGAGCCAUGCAUGUAUAUCAUUUUGUGGCCAAGGCCGUGGAACCUAAAAGGCGAGCUCUUAAGGAGGCCCAGGAUGACUUAGCAGCUACCCAGUGCAUCCUGGAUGAAGCCAAAGCAAAGCUGUCAGCAGUGGAGAACGGCAUUGCUGCUUUGCAGGCCAAGUACCAGGACUGUGUUGCUAAGAAAGAGGAGCUGGACAACAACUUUCAGCUUUGUGAGGCUCGCCUUGUACGAGCAGACAAGCUUAUAGGUGGUCUUGCAGAUGAGAAGGUGCGUUGGAAGGAAACGGUAGAACAUCUGGAAUACAUGGUCAAUAAUGUGGCAGGAGAUGUGCUCCUAUCUGCAGGAUAUGUGGCAUACCUGGGUCCCUUCACUGGGGAGUACAGGGCAGCCAUGGCAGAGGACUGGCUGCAGUCUUUUAAAGAGCUAAGUGUCCCCCACUCUGAAGAACCAAACCUGAUCAGCACCCUUGGAGAUCCUGUCGAGAUCCAUUCUUGGCAGAUUUCAGGUUUGCCCAAGGAUAACCUCUCAGUGGAGAAUGGUGUGAUUGCCCAGUACUCUCUGCGCUGGCCUCUCUUCAUUGAUCCUCAGGGACAAGCAAACACAUGGAUCAGAAAAAUGGAGCGAGAUAAUGGACUGGAAGCUAUGAAGCUAAGUGAUCAAGACUUCCUCCGCAGUCUUGAGAACGCCAUUCGCUUUGGUAAACCCUGCCUCCUGGAGAAUGUUGGAGAGGAGUUAGAUCCUGCCCUGGAACCUGUCUUGUUGCAACAGACAUUUAAGCAGCAAGGUGGUACAGUGCUAAAGCUGGGUGACAAAGUCAUCCCUUACCAUGAGGGCUUCAAGAUGUAUAUUACAACCAAGUUACCGAACCCACACUACUCUCCAGAGGUCUCCACCAAUGUCACCCUCAUAAACUUCACCUUGUCACCUAGCGGUCUGGAGGACCAGCUGCUGGGCCAGGUUGUGGCUAAGGAACGUCCAGACCUGGAGGAGGCGAAAAACCAGCUGAUCAUCAGCAAUGCCCAGAUGAAACAAGAGCUAAAUGAAAUUGAGGAUGAGAUAUUGUUUCGUCUGAGCUCAACAGAAGGAAACCCGGUGGAUAAUGAGGAGCUUAUACAAGUGCUGGGGGCUUCCAAGAUCAAAGCUGGGGAGAUCCAGGCGAAAGUGAUGGUAGCAGAGCAGACAGAAAAGGACAUUGAUUCCACCCGUCUGGAGUAUGUACCAGUAGCUGUGCGCACACAGAUCCUCUUCUUCUGUGUAUCUGACCUUUCCAACGUGGACCCCAUGUACCAGUACUCGCUUGAGUGGUUCCUUGGCAUCUUCAUGGCUGGCAUUGCAAACUCUGAAAAAGCAGACAAUGUGGAGAAAAGAAUCGCAAACAUCAAUGAAUUUUUCACCUUCAGCCUGUACAGCAAUGUGUGCCGCAGCUUGUUUGAGAAGCAUAAACUUAUGUUUGCAUUUCUCCUGUGCAUUCGCAUCAUGAUGAAUGAUAAUAAAAUUAAUAUGGCUGAGUGGCGUUACCUGCUGUCUGGAGGGAUGCCCAUCAAAGAGCUGACUAACCCUGCAGUAAGCUGGCUGUCAGAUCGAGCCUGGCAGGACAUCCUGGGCCUCAGCGCUCUGGACACGUUUAGCAGCCUGGCAGAGAGCUUCAGCGAACAUCUUCAGGGUUUUCAGAGAAUUUUUGACAGCAAUCACCCUCACCGGGAGCCCUUGCCAGGGGAUUGGGACACAAAGCUGGAUUCAUUCCAGAAACUGUUGGUCCUGCGCUGUUUGAGGGCUGACUGUCUUGUUCAAGGUCUGCAGGACUUUGUAUCAGCGCAGCUGGGACAACGCUUCAUUGAACCUCAGACAUCAGAUCUGUCUGUAGUCUUCAAGGAGUCUUCCCCCUCCACUCCUCUGAUCUUCGUGCUAUCCCCUGGCACUGACCCUGCAGCUGACCUCUACAAGUUUGCUGACGUUAUGCAGUUCUCAAAAAAAAUGAGUGCCAUCUCAUUGGGCCAGGGCCAGGGUCCCUGGGCUGAGUCCAUGAUGAUAGCAGCCAUGGAACAAGGUCAUUGGGUCUUUUUCCAGAACUGUCACCUGGCUCCCAGCUGGAUGCCUUCUCUGGAGAGACUCAUUGAAAACAUCGACCCAGUUAAGGUGCACAAGGACUUCCGUCUUUGGCUCACAAGUCUUCCCAGUAACAAGUUCCCUGUUUCAAUUCUCCAAAAUGGGUCUAAAAUGACCAUUGAACCUCCCAGGGGAAUCAAGGCCAAUCUACAGAAAACCUACAUGAGACUCAAAGAUGAUUUUAUCUCCUCCUCCACAAAGGUGACACACUUUAAGUCUUUGCUCCUUUCUCUGUGUCUCUUCCAUGGAAUUGCUCUUGAGCGGAGGAAGUUUGGACCACUAGGUUUUAACAUUCCCUAUGAGUUCACUGAUGGAGACUUGAAUAUCUGCAUCAGCCAACUCAAAAUGUUCCUGGAUGAGUACCAGGACAUCCCAUUCAAGGUACUAAAAUACACUGCUGGUGAGAUUAAUUAUGGUGGCCGUGUGACAGACGACUGGGACAGACGAUGUUUGCUCAGUGUGUUGGAGGAUUUCUACUGUCCUGCUGUUCUCACUGAUGAUCACAUCUACUCUUCGUCUGGAGUCUACCGCCAGAUAGACACGAAUCUAGAUAUCAAGGGUUACCUGGCCUACAUUCGUGGUUUGCCCAUCAAUGAUACACCUGAGAUCUUUGGUCUUCAUGACAACGCUAACAUCAGUUUUGCCCAGAAUGAGACCUUCACCCUGCUGGGGGCUGUGGUUCGUCUCCAGCCUCGAACCGCCUCUGCUGGGGGGAAAACUCUAGAGGAGAUAGUGGAGGAGAUAGUAGCAAGCAUCGUUGAAAAGAUUCCUCAGCCUUUCAGUGCUCAGGAGGUGAUGGAAAAGUACCCAGUCCUCUAUGAGGAGUCCAUGAAUACAGUGCUCAUCCAAGAGGUCAUCAGGUAUAACAAGUUGCUGGUGGUCAUCUCUCAGAGUCUCGCUGAUAUCGUGAAGGCUCUGAAGGGUUUAGUGGUGAUGUCAUCUGAACUGGAGCUUAUGGCCAACAGUCUGUUUAACAACUUGGUGCCUGAUAUGUGGAAAGCCAAGGCCUACCCGUCUUUGAAACCUUUGGCCUCCUGGGUGUCAGACCUGCUUCAGAGGAUCAGUUUCUUGCAGGGAUGGAUCUAUAAUGGCAUUCCACCUGUCUUCUGGAUUAGCGGCUUCUUUUUCCCCCAGGCUUUUCUCACUGGAACCCUCCAGAAUUAUGCCCGUCACUCUGGCACCUCCAUCGACACAAUUGGAUUUGACUUUGAGGUCAUAGUGAAGUCAGUGUCAGAGAUAACGGAGAAACCAAACACAGGCUGCUACAUCCACGGUCUAUUCCUGGAGGGGGCUUGCUGGGAUAACCAGGAAGGUCAACUCAUAGAUUCCAGGCCCAAGGAGCUCUACACAGAAAUGGCCGUUAUCUGGCUCAUCCCCAAACCUAAUCGCAAGCCUCCACUUACCGGGGUCUACAUCUGCCCCAUCUAUAAGACCCUCACACGUGCUGGGACUCUGUCUACGACCGGCCAUUCAACAAACUAUGUGAUUGCAGUUGAGCUGCCUACAAAGCACAGUCAGGGACACUGGAUCAAACGGGGAGUUGCCCUCAUCUGUGCAUUGGACUACUAAACAUAAAAAUACACAAGCACACACCCACACUUUCUUCCCCAACAAACAAUUAAAAUGUAACUACUCUUUAUCUUAAAGCUUUUUAAUAGUUUUGUCUGCUCAUAAUAAUUAAACACUUUAUAUGUCACUAACACCAACAGGGCUGUUAAAUGAUUAAACUUAAACCGUAAUUAAUCUCAGAAUGUCUAUAGUUAACUAUAAUUGAAGCCUGUGUCCACAGCUGGCACCUGUAGCACUGGUAGCAACCCCAGUUUGGAGUGCUUCUACUGGCGUUUUUUGGGGGUGGGGGUGGGGGGCUAGGUUACUUAUAUUUGACUUUUGUUUUCCUCUGUUGUAUCCUCAACGUUGUUUUCUAAAUAGUCUGGUGUUCUUCAUAUUUCCUUUUUUUUAAGAUAAUAUCACCAAGAAAACAUGAAAACAGUGUAAAGAAAACCAUCCUGACACAGGCAGCAGCUGUACACCUAGUUCCCCUUCUGCUGAUCAGAAGUCUUGCCCGUUCCUGAUUGUGAUUGGCAAGUAAGGGAGAAGUAACACUGUUCCAGAAGUUAAACUCAACUGAGAGCGCUGUGAGCACAACGUCAAAAACAGCUAACACCAGCUCCCCUCAGAGCUCUGAGAGCUGAAAACGCUGAGCUACAUUCCCUUUGUAUGAAAAAAAUUAGCCAUUCCAUAAAAGCUCUGGCUGUGGACACAGGCCCUUAAUCUACAUUUUUGUUGCAUUUUGAAAUUCCACUAAUUUACGUUAAAAACUAUUUUGGUUCCUUGGGGAGCGCAGGUGGCCGAGUGGCUAAGGCGCGCACCCCAUGUACGCGGACGGCCCGGGCUCGAAUCCGGCCUGGGGUCCC